UUAUCUGAUCCAUUGCAUAUGACUUUUAAUCAAAUGGCUCUCAAUUUUGGCUCGAUAUUCAAAAUCAAUUUGGGAAACAAUAAAAUGUUGGUCGUGUUGAAUGAUGACAAAGUAGCAAAUGAAUUACUAGUCACUCGAAAUGAAAUUUAUCAACCUUGUGAAUCGACUCUCGAUGUUAAACCUAUUUCGCCAGCCAUGCGAAUAAUCGCACAACGUGCCCUUUCAUCUAAAAUUAUCGAAUUAAAUUAUUUGCCAAUUAUUCAUAAAGAAUCGAUUAAUUUGGCCAGAUACUUUUAUAAAAAUGCUGGAAUUUCAAUUAAUCCAGUCGACGAAUUAACUCGAUCAAUCUCAAAAACCUUUGCAUUAAUUACAUUUGGCCACUCAGCUGAGAAAUUUUCUUUUGAUUUUACCGAAUUCUUGGAGUCUGCAAACGCACUUGAAAGAAAAGAAUUUCAAAAUGCAUUGUUACAAUUCCUUAGUGAAAUCUUAUCAACACAACAGACACUCGAAAACAAAGUUCAUCUUUCCAAGUCAAAAUACUCGGAAAUUUCAAAACAGUUAUUUGACGAUCUGAAGAAGCAACCCACCGCAAAAAAUUCAACAAAUGAUAAAUGCUUUACUUCAGAGAUUUUGAAAUCGAUGAAACCAAAAGCAGAUGAAAAUGAGUUUAUUAAUUUGAGCAGCAGUCUAUUGUUAAAUGGCAUUGAAGACACAUUAGCGGAGCUGAAAUGGGCUUUUAUAUUGCUGUCGUAUGCGCCUCAGGUACAGCAUAAUAUUAUGCAAGAAUUAUCAAGAGUUGUUGAAAAAGACAAAUUUCCAAAUGUCGAAGAUUAUACAAAUUUACAUUAUUUAAAAGCAACUGUCAAGGAGAUUUUGAGAUUCAGACCUGUAAGCUUCUUUUCACAGUCAUUUGUCGUCACCAAGGAUGACGUUUAUCGUGGAUAUCAUAUACCACAAAACGCUAAUGUAAUAUUCAAUAUAAAUACGCUACACUUUAACCAAACUUUAUUCAAACGAGCGAAACGUUUCUCACCAGAAAGAUACCUCGACGAACAAGGUCACUUGAAACAAAAUCCUGAAUCGGCUAAAAUUUGGAUGUUUG